AUGAUUCCCUCCACAACCUCACCCGCUUCCUCUUCAAAUCCGCCACGGCAGGGCCCACCGCCUAAUGGUGCCUCAACGUCAAAAGUAGCUCGAAAACGGUCCCUGACCAAACCAGAGCGGCAUCGACCUAAGCCUGGGAUGAUCAACCAAACACUUGCUCAAAAAAACCACGAUGCCAACUUUCAGGAACGGAACGAUUCUACAGGAAACUUGAUUCAGAGUCAGAGCACAGGGGACGCCUUGACCUCCUCAGCAGCUGCAACAGCUGCUCAAGAACAACAACAGCAACGACUUCGCAUCCAACAAGCUAAUCAGGCCAAGAAUCAGGCCAAGAGUCAGUCUCAGCAGCGUCCUCGGCCGAGACGAUUGUCUACAUUACGUCGCGCAGGGAGCAAGGGUCAGCUCAAUAACAGCAAUAGCCAGGCGCCUCAACGGCGAUCUUCGACAAUGGCCAAGGCGAAAAAGAAGCUUGCGGAACGCGAAAUUGAAUUGACGGCCUGGGUCGUGGUCUCGAGGAUCUUUACGUGUUGCAUGCCUUCGAGUCUCCUUCGGUGCUGCAAUCACAAGAAGUUCUCGCGUAUCCAGGUAAUCCAGGCCUGGCGCGAAAAGGUGACGCUGUGUAUCAUUAUCGGUCUGAUCUGUGGGCUGUUGGCCUUCAUCAUCUUUGGGUUACAGCCCACGAUGUGUCCGAACGAUUCUGGGGCUGUCAAGUCAUACUCAACUCAGCCGACGGAUGGCUCCAGACCCGUCAAAGGUUGGUGUUGA